AUGACACACGGGCGUGGCAGGUCAUUUGAUUUGAAACAAUCAGAAAAAGAAGAUUUUUGAUUUUUCUAACAAAAUGCCUUUUAUAAUAAUGUGCGGUUAUCCAGCAUCGGGAAAAACAACCAGAUGUAAUGAAUUAAAACAAUAUUUCACUCAGAAACAUGGCAAAGGGGUCGAAGUUAUUAGCGAUGAUAUGUUAGAAUUAAACAAGAACACAGUAUAUUCCUCAUCAGCAAAUGAAAAGUCUGCAAGGGCAUCUUUAAAAUCUGCAGUUGAAAGAUUGAUGUCAAGAGAUAGUAUUGUUAUACUUGAUUCACUAAAUUAUAUCAAAGGUUAUAGAUAUGAAUUGUAUUGUUCUGCGAAGGCACACAAAACUCCUCACUGUGUGGUUUACUGUGAAAGCUCAAAGGAUAACUGCAUGAAAUUGAAUAAGGAACGAGAGGAUCCCUUCAAUGACAAAUUAAUGGAUGAACUUAUAAUGCGCUUUGAACCCCCUGAUUCCAAGAAUCGCUGGGAUUCACCUUUGUUCACUAUCCAGGUCGAUGACACAUUGCCAUUUGAGAGUAUUUACGAUGCUGUCAUAAACAGAGUUCCACCUCCUCCAAACCAAUCAACACAAUGUCAACCGUUAUCAGCAACAAGUUUUCUCAAUGAUCUAGACAGGAAAACACAAGAUGUCAUCUCAGCAAUCUUAACAGCACAGCGAACAAGUCUUCCUGGAGAAAUGAUUGCAAUUCCUGGCUCUACUAAUAAGGUUCACUUUCAACGUCAAGUUACAAUGGCUGAACUACGUCGUUUACGAAAACAGUUCAUUACCUACUCCAAAAUGCAUCCGUUAGAAGACACAACAAAGCUCCCAAAUAUGUUUGUUGAUUACCUUAAUAGCACUGUUACAUAAACUAUCCACAACAGUGGAGACCUUGACAAGUGAUCUGCAAUUCUAUACAAAAGGAUACACAUACCACCUUGCAGGACCUCAGAGGAAUGUCCUGCAAUCCAAACCGUGCUGGCAUGCAUUACUACAAACUACAACUGUGCUGCAACCAGGCAAAAUACUUUGUUAAAAUCUGUUAAAAUUUUUAGAUUUUAAUCAUAUAAAACUGUAUGUUUAUUAACAAUGUUUGUUUGCAAAUUUAUAAAUUAUGUUA